AUGGCAUCAACCACGACGGAAAUAUCACCUAUCCCCGGGUCAAUGCGGGCAGCUGUACACCGUCGAACGGGAGAGCCAUCCAAAAUCCUACAACUGGAAGAUGUACCAGUCCCACCCUUACCCACAGAGACCUCAGUUCUUGUACGCGUCUCCCACGUGGCGAUCCAUCCCGGGACAGUCAUUCUGAUGCAUCUUAUUCCUUCGUUGUUUCGUCGAUUCCCUGCUAUCGCGGAAACGGACUUUUCGGGAACUGUUGUGAAGAUAGGGGGAAACGUGCCAACGAAAGCAGAUAAAGAAACGGAUUUCCGCUUUUUUCCAGUUGGCACUCCCGUUUUUGGUUCUUUCCAGGUUCCGGUGCAUUUGCGCACUGGCCAGGGGGCAUUGGCGGAGUAUGUUGCGGUCGAAUCGUCCAGUAUUGCCCAGAUGCCGAGCAAUACAUCCUUUGCGGCCGCCUCCGCCCUGAGCGUUUCCCUUUAUACUGCGAUUACGCUAGUGGAUGCGAUGAAGCUGCCUCUAAGGUCAAAAGUGCUAGUCAAUGCGCCCUGUGGCGGCGUGGGGAAUUUUACGACACAGCUCCUCCGGCAUCGCGAUCCAGAUGCAGUCAUUGUGGGGGUAUGUUCGACGGAAAAAGUAGCUCUCGCAAAAGAGCUUGGCUGCAAUGAAGUGGUUGACUACAAAUCUUUUCCGAACAAGGAGCAUAAAUCUCUCACGGAUUUUCUCGCAUCUCGUUAUGGUACCAGCGAGAACGACCAAUUCGACGCUGUUUUCGACGCAUACGGCAGCCAAGAUCUAUGGGAGGCAUCUCCGCAGUUCCUCAAACGCGGAAAAGACCACGCUUACGUGACUGUUGGCCCGAAAGUUGGUCGCGCGUUUUCGUGUAUGCCCGGCUUCUUUUGGAAAGUAUUCAAGAAUAUGCUCUGGCCAUCGUGGUUGGGAGGUGUACCCCGGACGUACAAACAGGUAUCUGCGUUUUUGGACACCGAUGGUCUAGAGAAAUGCCGCGAAGCGGCUGCAAAUGGAUCAGUCAAGACUGUAGUAGGCGGUGUUUGGAAGAUGGAGCAAAUGAAGCUCGCUUACGAUGCCUUUAUGGAGGGCCAUGCCGAGGGCAAACUAGUGGUGGAAGUUUGGGAUUCUAAACAAACGGUGUCGGGUUGA